AUGGGAAGGUCGCCAUGCUGUGAUAAGGUGGGGCUGAAGAAAGGGCCAUGGUCACCUGAGGAAGAUGAAAAGCUAUUGGAUUACAUUCAGCAACAUGGCCAUGGAAGCUGGCGUGCCCUUCCUUCUAAAGCUGGGCUUGAGAGAUGUGGGAAGAGCUGUAGAUUGAGGUGGACCAAUUAUUUACGACCUGACAUUAAGAGGGGACACAUCAGCUUACAAGAAGAGCAGACCAUCAUACAACUUCAUGCCCUCCUUGGAAACAGAUGGUCGACCAUAGCAUCUCACUUGCCAAAGAGGACUGAUAAUGAGAUAAAGAACUACUGGAACACUCAUUUGAAGAAGAGACUGAUUAAGAUGGGAAUUGAUCCAACGACUCACAGGCCUAACAAUCUUGCCCUCACCUGUGGCGAAUCCAAGGACUCUGCCAAUCUUAGCCACUUGGCUCAAUGGGAGAGCGCUCGGCUUGAGGCCGAGGCCAGGCUCGUCCAUGAAACCAAACCCAUCAUGCUUAAUCCUCAUCACUAUUAUCAAUUACCCUCCACCACUCCUCCACCACCACCACCUCCAGACCAACCCUGUCUAGACGUAUUCAAAGUCUUGGCAUGGACUAAUCCUGGGGAAGACAUCUCCACCGUCAUACUCAACGGCCUUCUCCCUCCGAUUCCUAUUUUAAACUCCUCAGACAACACGCUCCCGAUUCCAACGCUGGGAUUAUGUAAUGGAAACUUGUCCAUCACAGACAUCAACAGCAUCGAAACCUCGGGUGCAUGCACAACUGGAAAACCUAACAACAACUUAUUUUAUGAUGAUCAUCAGCAUGUGGUCAAGGGCAUGAUGGAGAAUUCAGAGUAUUCAAAUGAUGCCAGAAUCGACCCUUUUCAUCCUACUUAUGUUGCUGAUUCCUUAUCUUUUCCAAGCUUCAUGGAGGACUUAACGGAUCUUCAGCCUAGCAGCAUUUCUACAGCCGAUGAUGUAUGUUGGGGAGUUGUUGAGGAGGAUAAGAUUUAUUACUAGAGAGACAUUAUGGAUUCUAGUACCCAUGUUGUCCUAAAUGGAAAUCUAAUAGUAAAACGGAUAGUAACCCAGCACACUUAUCUGAUACACGCGCUUGUCUCGUGAACUUGCAGAUGGAGUCAGUUUGUAUCCAUAAGUUGGUGUGAUUGCGUAUUAAUUCCUAGCUAGCUAAGUAAACAUUAACAUUUGUCUAAUUUUUAGGCAUGUUGUCAUCAUGGUGUGAAGUGUGAACUCAUUGGAGUGU